AUAAUGCUAUCGGGACUACCGUCAACACUGAAUUUCCGAGAAGAUCCCGAGAACGAAUGCGAGCGAACGCGAGUAUUUAAGGAUUCCGUAGCGGGAAAUUUACUGAAAACCAAAAAUGAGAUCAAACAUUGUUUCGGAGGCAGGAUUGCCUACUAGGGUGAGCCAGUGGUGGGAGGGAAUUCCAUUCCUAACUUCUGCUGUGGUGAUUGUCUGUGGGAUUAUUUACUUGGUCUGCCUUUUGGUUGGAUAUGACUCCUUCAUCGAGAUAUGCUUCUUGCCCUCUGCAGUGGUUUCUCAGUUCCAAGUUUACAGGAUUUACACAUCUGUUCUUUUUCAUGGUUCACUGCUGCAUGUUCUGUUUAAUAUGAUGGCUUUGGUACCUUUGGGUUCUGAGUUGGAAAGGAUAAUGGGAUCUGUCCGCCUAUUAUAUGUGAUGAUUUUAUUGGCUACAAGCAAUGCGCUAUUUCAUCUUCUUAUUGCUCUAUUGGUGGCUCAUAAUCCUUUUCAUCCUUAUCCAUCCCUCAUGAAUGAGUGUGCGAUAGGAUUUUCCGGAAUCUUAUUUUCCAUGAUUGUUAUAGAGACAACUUUGAGUGGAGUUCAAUCUAGAAGUGUGUUUGGGCUAUUUAAUGUUCCUGCGAAAUGGUAUGCAUGGAUCUUAUUGGUUGUUUUCCAGCUUCUCAUGACGAACGUCUCAUUACUGGGGCACUUAUGUGGAAUCUUGUCUGGAUUUGCAUAUACAUAUGGAUUGUUCAACUACUUGUUACCUGGGCCAUCCUUCUAUUCUGCCAUCGAGAGCUCGUCAUGGCUUUCAUCUUGUGUGAGGCGACCUAAAUUUAUUUUGUGCACUGGAGGGAAUCCAUCUGGUUACAUCCCUACACAUUCAAGUCCAAAUACAACUUCAAGCAGUCUGCUUUCUGGAAGUAUGUGGAGAAACCUUUCUUCGUGGAUACCGCAAAGGCAAACAUCUACUCAGGCAGGACAGGAUGAGAGAUUUCCCGGGAGAGGUAGGACACUUGGUUCUAGCAGAAAUCAAGCAGCCUCAACCGUGAAUUCUGAUUCAAGCCUACAAGAUAGGCUCUUAGACAACAGCAGCUUAGAUUAUCUAUCAGAAGUGGCAGAAUCUGGUAUAGGACAGAGGGUCUCCGAUGAUAGGCGCUCAGCUGUAGAUAGUGUUGCAGCAGUUGGAGGAGGUCAUACACGUACCCAGGGUUCAGUUACCUUUGAUGAAGAGGUCCAAAAACUAGUGACAAUGGGUUUUGAGAAGACACAAGCAGAAGUGGCUCUUGCAGCGGCUGAUGGAGAUACAAAUGUUGCAGUGGAAAUUCUCAUGAGCCAGCAUACAUGUAUUUAAGCAUUAGAUUGCAAAUCAAGCUUGUAGAUUUCAAGGCAGGUACACGCGACUGAAGAGUUUUUCAUGCCAGGAAUUCUUGGGCUCCACCAUGUCUAUUUUGAUGGAGUUCUGCACUCUUGGGCAUUGUAUUAUCUGAUUGCAAGUGUAACCGAACUAGAUGCAGUAGGCAGAAGGAUCAUGAAA